AUGAUUCUUGGACUGGAAUCAUCUGGCAUCAAGCUGACAGCGGACAUUGUUAAAGCCAAAAUUCUUCAAGAUGUGAAGGUGUGCGAAUCACAGUCUGGCUCAAGUGAAGAAGCAUUUUAUUCGAACCCCAAAGCGCAGAAGGGCGGUGAGAAAUCGUCGAUAAAAUGUUACCGUUGCAAUAAAUUGGACCAUUAUGCGUCCGAAUGCAAGCAGCAGGGUGAGAGGAAAAGAUCCACGAAACCGGAGCGAGACGGAAAGCAAUGCGGACAUGCAGCAUUCUUCGCUGCAUACAACACAGUGGAGGCGUGUACGAGACCGGAAGAGUGGAUAUUUGAUUCUGGAGCCACCACUCAUCUUUGCCGGAAUAGGAGCGUUAUGCAAGAAGCCACUAGUAUGUCUGGCAGUAACAACGUGGCGAACAAUUCCGUUGUUCCUGUUGUGGCGAAAGGAUCUGUCAAAUUAGACGCCGAUUGCGAUGGUAAGAAAUGUGAACUAUCCAUCAGCAAUGUUUUGUGUGUUCCAGAGUUGGCGAUCAACCUUAUGUCCGUGAGCAAGAUCUGUUCAAACGGGUACCAAGUGGUCUUCAAUAAAGAGUCCUGCAAAGUUUUGAGUCCAGAAAAGGAGAUCGUUGCAAUCGGAAAGAAAACUGGCGGUCUGUACAAGCUGAAGGUAUGCACCAAGUCGGCGAAUUUGGCACCAAGCCCGGAAUAA